AAUAAUAUGUGGAUCUAUCUAACUUCACUGUCGGCAGUCUCGAUCAUUAUUUCUUUUUAUGCUCUAAUAAUCCUCUUUGGUACAGUGAAACAUGGCUGAGGCAGACGAAACAUUGAAGAAAAAAAGGACUUUCCGGAAGUUUACCUUCCGAGGCGUUGAUCUUGAUCAACUGCUUGAUAUGCCCAAUGAACAGCUCAUGGAGUUGAUGCAUGCAAGAGCUCGUAGACGAUUUUCUCGUGGUCUGAAGCGCAAACCUAUGGCUCUGGUUAAAAAAUUACGCAAAGCAAAGAAAGAAGCUCCACCAAACGAGAAGCCGGAAAUUGUUAAAACACAUUUGAGAAACAUGAUAAUUGUUCCUGAAAUGGUUGGUUCCAUUGUUGGCGUUUAUAAUGGCAAAACUUUUAACCAAGUUGAAAUUAAGCCCGAAAUGAUUGGACAUUAUUUAGGAGAAUUCUCUGUUACUUAUAAGCCUGUUAAACACGGUAGACCUGGUAUUGGUGCUACGCAUUCCUCACGUUUCAUACCACUUAAGUAAAUUCUUACAAUAAACUGAAUUUAUGUAAAAUU